UGCCGCACAAAUAGCCGUGGCGAAGUCUUGCCUUCCAGCUCUGAACAUUUCUAGGAGACACGCACAGCUAAACGAUGCGUAGAGAAAAAGGGAGACGUGCCACCGUUUGCUGUGCUGUAGCUGUUAGUCUGAUGUGCUAUUUAGUGCAAGCAAUAGACUGUUACCGACUAACGAAAACAGAGAGGCGAGGAUGGCGCGAAGAGGCCGAUGCGUUAGGUGCUCAAAAGGGGAAAGUCGUAUUCGGAAUAUCUGACGGGAAAGGCUCAGGCCUUGAGUCAGAGGGCAAAUAUGGGAAAGCCUCUGCAAACUCAUCUGUGGAGGAAUCUUAUCAAGCAGAUUUUAUAGGCUGGUCAAAAGGCCAAACGUAUGAUGCCACUUCCAGAGAAGCAGCAUGGAGGCGCAUGGCACCUUUUCUGCUGUGCGGUGGGGAUCGGAUGAAGUUCAGGGUAGUGGGAAGAGGAGUGUCACAGCUAGCAGUGGACCAAGCAAAUGCCCCACCAGUACCUCUGAGCCAGGUCCCUCCCAGCUGUGGCUACAACAUGCAGAGGAACCUACUGUCACUUGUUAUGAUGGUUCCCUAUGAUGGCUGCAGUGUGGUUCAAGAGGGUGGCAGUUAUGUGCUUCCAAUGCGGUGGCAGGGUAUUCCAGUCUCCCUUUGGUGUUCCAAACCUGCAGCACCAGCUCCUAUGACGACUGCAUCUCAAACCCCUCAGGACCCUGCAUCAAACUCCCAGAUGCCCUACGCUAGCAAAAACCCAGACCAAUUGUAUGCCCAUGUUCCUCAACCCUUUUUCUUUCCACAACAAAUGCACUAUCCAUAUCCUUCAGUAGCCGUAUCGGAUCCUGCAGCAACCAUAAAGCAACCAGAAAUGCCCCCAUUCCAGCAAUACCCUCUGCCCUUUCCUCCCCUCUAUCCUUACUUUUAUCCCCCACUUCCAGCCACAACGGCAGCCCGACUGGCCACUACAACCACCACUGCAAAGCCAGAAAUCUUCAUUCCUCCAGAGCUUCUCUUACCUGGUUACAAACCAGUCGGUCCACCUUUCCUUUGGCCCUUUCAAUUACCUGUGCCAGCAGGUACUCAAACCACAACUAAUGGUGACUCUUAUCCCCAGUCACUGCAGGUUCCACCCAAUAUGCAUUACUUCCCUCAGUUUGUCCCUCUUCCACAAUAUCUGAACAAUCCUAAUGCAGAUUUGGCGGCUCCUACUGGAAGCUCAGACACCGUACUCCAUCAAUAUGUUCCGCCUUUCCCUCAAUUUGUUCCUCAAUAUCCAAGCAAUCCUAAUCCAGACUUGGAAACUGGAAGCACAGACACUCUGCUGCCUCAAGCUCAGUUGCACAAUUUUCCACACUUCCAUCAACAAGUUCAGUUAAUGCCCAAUCCCUCCCUUUCGUCGUAGUUUGAAGAAAAUAUAAUAAAUGCUUUAAAUAACACCA